AUGGGGGAAUGUACUUUUAAUCCCAAAAUAAAUGGGAAAGUACAAGGUAAGGGAAAUGAAUCUCCCGAUGAAAAGAUGAAAAGGUUGGAAAAGAUGACGAAGGAACGAGAGGAGCAUGCAAAACAACAAAUCAGACCAUCAACGUCCUCGGGAUUCAGCCAAAAUCAUCAACAUCUUCGUGAUUUAUCUUGUUUUGAAGAGGACAUGCUGAUGAUGAAUCCACGAAAACCACUAUUUGAGAGAGUUGGAGAAAUACAAAUGGAACAACAGGAGAAGGAAAGAUUACGAAAACAACUCCAAUAUGAGGAAGAACGAAAGAAUCUUCGAAGUGCUCCUGCCAUAAGCGAGGAAUCAAAGCGUAUCGUGGCCAUGAUGAAGAAUCGAAUUCCCUUCACAAGUCGAAUUUUGAAGAGCGGUUCAGAGGAUGAACAAACCAUGUUCGAGAAGGAGAAGUCUAAGCGAAGAUUCUUUGAAGUUAAAAAGGAGGAGUUGGAAGGAUGUACAUUUCAACCGAGCCUUAACCCAGUUUCUAAAAAGAUUACAGAAACCAAACACUCAAAACAAACCUUUUUAGAGCGUCAACAAGAAUAUGAAGCAAAAGAAAAGUUAAAACAUGAGGCUCUCUCAAAGAAAGAGAAAGAUCAGUAUGAAUUCAAACCUUCAAUUUCCAAAGUUUCUGAGGAAAUUUGUAAAAAGAGUAUUAGUAGAGCAAACACGAUGGAGGAUAUUUAUGAACGACUCACGAACAGAGAUAAGAAAAGAGUCGAUCAUAUCAAGAGUGCUAUUGCUCAAGAGUAUUACUCUAAAUUUUCGUUCACUCCAACAAUUAAUCAAGUUUCAAAUGUGAUUGCAGCUCCAACUGGAUUGGAUGAACUUGUGAAUAAUACCAGGAGCAAGAAACUUAAGGAAGAGCUUACACAUAAAAUAAUGGAGAAAGAAAAUUGUCCCUUCCAACCCACGUUGGUGAGCAACAAUGAAAAGUAUCUUCCAGAUGGGAAACCAAGACAGUCAGUAAUUACAGAGCCAGAGAAGUAUUUGAAGGAGAAGGAAAUGAAACGAGCAAAAGUAAUGAUGGAACUUGAAUGCGAGCAAUUGCAGGAGUGUACCUUCCAACCAGCCAUAACUAGAUCAUGUAAAUCGAAAUCUGCCAUUGAAAACCAAGCUCCUGUUGUGAUUAAAGGUCUAGGAAAGCAUUUGGAAAGAGGAGAACGAGCAAAGCGAAUUGAGGAAGAGAAAAAGGAGCGGUACGAGGAAGUCUUUCGACCAAAAGUUCACUCCAAAAAGCAAGGUGGUGUGACAAUUAUUGAACCAUUCUCUUUUCAAAUGUAA